UGAUGACGGAAGUGACGUUUUGCGUCAGCGUUCUCUCUGCGCUUGUGGCUGUUGCUCAGGAUGUAACGGGCUGCGCGUUUGGCAUAAUAUAUUUAAUUUAAAUGGCUUCAUUGCCUAGCUGCAGUUGGACGUAGCUACGAAUAUCAGAGAAGAUAUUCAGGACUUCCCGUGAGUCUUGGUAAUGAGUAGUGGGUCCGCAAGCGGAGGCGAUAGCGGGGAGUUUGAAGAGGACUUGCGCAAAGCCUUGGACGAGGCACCAUCACUCAACGAAAGUUGUGAGGCAGUCCACUCCGGAGCUGUUGCUCACCAUACAGAGGGCAGAAUGGCACCUCCAUCCCAGCACAGAGCAGCUGUGCCGCCUUCCUCGCUUCCCACAACUAACCAAUGGGCAGCUCAGCCGCCUGCAAACACAAACAUUCCGUUGACAAGCCCAAGCCCAGUACAGAACGGAGGCGACUCUCGGGUCACCAAGCCAUCGCAGUCAAAGAUCGAUUACCUGAAACAGUGGAGCGUAUCCACCUACAAGUGCACACGACAAAUGCUGUCAGAAAAGCUGGGGAAGGGUACAAGGACAGUGGACGCGGAAUUGGAAGCUCAGAUUGAGUCCCUGCGAGAAACGCAGGGCAAGUACCUUGGUGUGCUUCGGAUGGCCAGAGCCCUGGCAUCCCACUUUCAUCAUGUUGUGCAGACCCAGGGUGCACUCGCUGAAGCUUUCCAGGACCUGGCCCACCGUAGCCCGCCCUUACAGGAGGAAUUCCGUCAUAAUGCCGAAGCACAGAGAGCGCUGAGCCGCAAUGGAGAAGUCCUCUUGGGGGCGCUCAACUUCUUUGUUUCCUCCCUGGCCACUUUGUGCCACAAGACGAUCGACGAUACCCUACUCACUGUACGUCACUACGAAAAUGCGCGCCUCGAAUACGACGCCUAUCGGACUGACCUGGAGGAGCUCACUCAGAGCACACAGGGCAAUGCCAUGUCCUCCAAGCUGGACGAGGCGCAGCGAAACUUUAGCCUUCACAAGGAAAAGUAUGAGAAGCUCAAAGCAGACGUCACCAUUAAAAUCAAGUUCCUAGAGGAAAACAAGGUGAAGGUGAUGCACAAGCAACUGCUGCUGUUCCACAAUGCAGUGGCGGCAUACUUCUCCGGCAACCAGGCCUCUCUGGAGGCCACCCUACGCCAGUUCAACAUCAAGAAUGACGUUUGGGGUGGACUUAACCGAACGUAAAGAGUCAAGACAAAGACACGAGCCCCCCUCCACCCACUACACAGAAGUCGAGAACAGUCACAGCUGUGCUAAAAGUUGCUGACAAAAGACACGCCUUUUCCUUGGUUUUGUUGUGUUUUCAGUCGCUCCACUUUGUAGUGCACACAUUAGAGAUGUCAUACAUUCCGUAGGUACUUACAAUGUCACAAUAGUACUUACAUCAUGUACAUCACAGAUUUGGACACAACAAGUGAUUCUGAGCUCUGCAAUGCAUGGCAAUGUGUGCGGACACUGGAAGCAUGUCCGUUUGCAGUAUCUGCUGACUGUUUAGCUAUUGCUUUUACCUACAUAUCCUCAGUUCUACAGAAUAGUGUUGCCACAUGUGUUUCAUAAAGCGCUGGUGCCAUUUAAUGUUUUGGUCUGCACUAUAAAUGCCUAAAUGUAUUUCCUCCAUAUUUUUAGUAUACAUGUGCACCAGAAAAAUUACGCAUUUGUGAGGGUAUGUAGUUGGAAGUAAAUGCACUGUCCUUUUUGUUCCAUUUUGCUAUUUAUGUUUAUGAGAGGCUUACGACAUACUAACACCCAACAGCAAAUAGUGUCAGAGGAAAACUUUGCAUCUUUGUUUUCAUGCAGGCUGUUCCCACUCGCAGCAAGCUAACUGAUGCUGCAUUAAGGUGCCUCUCAAAGCGCCGCCAAGUAGUGCACGCGGACCUUUGAUGGGAAACUGUUGUGUCGGGCAAAAAGGCUGCCAUAAUGUUCUAGUCACACCUGAACUCUCUUCCGCUGUACAUAGCUUCGCCGUGCACUUUUGCGAUUGUAUGUUUUUGAAACAUUGUAUCUUAGUCGUACUUAGGAAGUACUUUGAGUGCUGUCAAGUAAAAAGAUUGUGUGAGAAAAAAAAAACGGAAGUGUUAGCACAAAGGUUGGUCACGAGGAUGCUAGCAAACAUUCCCCACGUUCAGUGCAUGUGGUGGACCAGGAUAAAGACACUUGUACGUCGGGGAUGUGUCACGGUUGACACAUAGCGAGAUUUGGUUUUUGUGAACAAUACAAUGUCUGCAGGGAAGUAGAAAAAUUGGGUUGGCUUAGCUGAUCCUAACCAUAAACUUGCACAUCAUGUAAAAUGACACUUCAUAAUAUAGUGGAGUGUGUUCAGUUGUCUAUGAUAGCAUGGAGGUAAUCCUUCGUUAAAGUAGUUCUGCUAUAAGCUUCUGUGUUUGACUGCAUUGAGAUUAAAGGUUUUGUGAAAUUCUAA